AUUAUUUUCCACUCCAGAAAUUAAUGAUCAUGAGCUCGUAUUUGAUGGACUCUAACUACAUCGAUCCGAAAUUUCCUCCUUGCGAGGAAUAUUCACAAAAUAGCUACAUCCCCGAACACAGCCCUGAGUAUUACAGCCGCACGAGGGACACCGGCUACCAGCAUCACCAUCAGGACUUGUAUCCUCCGCGCGUGACCUAUCCGGAGCGCCCGUAUAACUGUGCAAGCAUACCCGAGCCGGAGCCCCAGCGAGGGCAUGGGCUCACGCACUCAGGGAGCCUGCUGGCGGCGGGGAAGGCGCAGACUGCUCCACGUGAGCCCCCGCCACCUUUACCCACAUCCCCCACAACCCCACCGACAGCACCUCCCGCCUGCAUCCAAGCCGCCCCGGAGCUCCCCACCAGCACAGCCGCGACUAAGCUGCCCGUGGUCUACCCCUGGAUGAAGAAAAUCCACGUCAGUACCGUGAAUCCCAAUUACACUGGAGGAGAGCCCAAGCGGUCCAGGACUGCUUACACACGCCAGCAGGUCUUAGAAUUGGAGAAGGAGUUCCACUAUAAUCGCUAUCUAACUCGGCGACGACGCAUCGAAAUCGCCCACACCUUGGUGCUCUCGGAGCGGCAGAUCAAAAUUUGGUUUCAGAAUCGCAGGAUGAAGUGGAAAAAAGACCAUAGGCUACCCAACACCAAAGUCAGAUCUUCUUCCUCUUCGUCGUCUACUUCAGGCGCAACCGCCGGGGCCAACACAGCUACCACAGCCGGCAAUGUAUCUAACAGCGCGGGCUCCAGCACCGUAGCAGUCCCCGAGCAACUCUCUCGGGUUCCCGGGGUCGAUCGAGAUCAGGAUAUUACAAGGUUAUAGACACGAGAAUAUUUCAACUUGCGGAAAGAGAACAAUGGAAUAUUUAUGGAAAUAUAUUCUUUUUAUAUGUAUAUUAAGAUAUGUUCUUCGUAGUGUUCUUGUGCGUAAAACUGGGUGUCCUCUGAGUCCAUAGUUAUAUAAAUAUGCAUGUUAUAUAGCAUGGAUUACUGCGAAUACCUAGUGAUUUUUUCGGCUAUCAGGGUUUAUUUAUUAAACAUAGUAAUUAUGCCAUUUUAAUAAAUUGUGUUGACUGAUACUUACAUGGACAUUUUGAACAAAAGAGUGUGAGGGAUACUAUCCGUCUGCUCAAUGGCCUACAUGCACAAUCCUUUUAUUUAUUUUGCAAACAAAAUUGUAGAUAUUUCUAUUGUUCCCCAUGUAAAAGAUGAUUACACGUCUUGCAGGGCUGAACGUACGUAGUUAGUAUUCAUGUAAAAAAAGUAAAAUGUUGUGAGUUUGUUUUGUUUCUGCGCAACCUCCAAAAUAAGGCCUCUAAUACUGAAUAAAAAGGGUAGUGCGUUUUGUGAUACUAGUACUGUGAUUUAGACUGAAUACAAGUUGUUAUUGUUAAACAAAUGCAAUAAAAUAAGUUUAAAUGUAUUUGUGAUAAUCGUAGUGGUAAAUAAAACUGUGAGUGU